UCGUCCACAACCGAAAAAUGCAAAUUGAAAAGAUUUUCUAUGCAUUAAAUGAAUAUUCAUUAUUCAUCUCAAUUCUAUACAAAUCAAAUUGUGAUGAACUGUUUCCAUUUUGUCUCUCAGACUUAAUUCAGUUACUUGAGUCAUGCCGACUGAAAGCUUAAAGAAAAAAUGCAUCAUCGGUGUUGCAAAUCUGUUGAUAAAUUACAAUUGGCUAUAUUCGAGGCUGUAUAGUCAAAUUAAUCCCUUCUCUUGUUUUCCUAGUCAGCUUGUCGAAGAAUUGAUAUCUGUUGUGGUGAAGGUGACGUCCAGAGGAGAAUUGAUGCACCAGGAACUCUGCCCUUUGCUUAAAAGUGGACGGGUUAAAAAUUUUGAAUUGUGCGAUGUGCGCAUUCGUACAGAAGAAUUUGUUUCCAUUCUAAAUUGCCUUGGUACCUGUGGUUACCGACUGAUUAAAUUAAUAUUUUGUCGAGUGCAAUGCAUUAAGUCCGAGAGAGCAAAAUUACUGAGAAGUGAAGCAGUUGAAAAUUUGUUGCGAUUAUCUCCAAAUAUCGAACAUUUGUAUUUGGAUAUACCCAUCGAUAUAGAUGUUUUGAAGUUUGCUGUGCAUUUAAAAUGGUUGGAAUUACGCUUUUUUCCUAGAGUUGGUGAUUUGAAAAGUUUGUUUCCUCAAUGUUCGGAAUCACAGAUGUCUUCUGUUAGUAACUUGCAACAUGUUUCGAUUUUUGAAGGUUCUCAACAUACCAUCCCAGUAGACAUGAUUGCAUCUCUUCUACAAUAUACUCCACAGUUAUUGUGCUUGGAAAACAAUAUAGCUGAAGCAUUGGAAUUAUUGCAUGGUCAGGAAUUAGAUAAUGGAACUUUAUGUCACAAAUAUAAACUUCGUAGAAUUAUACUUGGAAAUUCUUUUCUCGAACCUGAUAGAUCACCAGCGAGUCUCCGUGCUAUCAAGAUAGCUGCACUUACUUGUCCGGAUGUAACCGAAAUGGAUCUUAUAGUUAAUAAUAAUGAUGCGGUUAUGGCCAUCUCUCAAAUGAAACAGCUCCAUACUAUUAUUAUACAAUGGGCAGAUGUUAUACCACCAGGAGAUUUCCAGAAAGGCUAUCAUUUUUUAAUUCAAACUUUGGGAAGACAACUCAGGUCAUUAGGAAUUAUAUUUUUUAAAAAUGUAGAUUUUGGAAUGAUCAUAUCGCUUUGUCAUAAUCUUGUAAAUUUAAAGGUGAUAUUUGAGAUGGAAAUUUGUAAAUUUACACCAUAUAAUAAUAAUUUAUAUGAUUUACAAACUUUACAUCUUGAAUGCAUGACAAACACAGGACCGUCUGCAAAUCUAUUAAUUGCAUUAAUUUCUAAUUGUCCUAAUGUAAAAAUGCUUUUUCUGAUAUACGUGCCGCAUUUUACUGAUAGCGUUUUAUUUAAAAUAACUUCAAAGAAUAAUUUGUCUAAACUUCAAGAUAUAACUAUUGUGGAUUGUAAUCUAACAAUUGAAGGUUUACAGUGGCUUUUAAAAUCCUGUCCCUUGCUAGAAACCAUGAGGAUAAGGUCUUCAAUGAUAAUUCUAGAUGAAGCUUUACCAAUUGUUCAGAGUCUCAAUACAAAAGUGAAACUGAUGUGUAUAUAAUCAAAUUUUUAAAUAUUCUUAUUACAUUUGUCUUUCAAUAAGGAGUUAUAAUUUUGCAAAGACAUAUUUUGCAUUUUAAUAAUUAUAUACAUAAAUAUGUAUGUAUAUAUACCUUCUUUUUACAUUGUCAUAUUCAAGAAAAAUAGUAAAUGCAGUUUAAAUUGUAAUAAUUGAAUAUUUUUAUUUAUAUUAGUUAAGGUCAGUCUGGUUUUUGUUGAAAAAUUAAGUUUUCCAUUAUAUGAAAUGUUGUUUGAAAAAUAUCUGAAAUUUUGAAUUUAAUCCUGAUUAAGUCGAAAUAGCUUUUGAUUCCUUUUAUUUGUUAAUAUUAAAGUAAUGUCAAAGAAGGAAGCUUUUAUAGAAAUAUUGAUUGAUCAAUCUGCAUAUAGAAGACAAAGAUUGGCAUUAUAUUAUUUUUAAAUGAUAUUCUUAAGCAAUUUUACUAAAUGCAGCAAGAAGUUAAUUCUAGGGACCAUUUUAUGUAUAGAUUGACCCAAAAGUCAGUUAACCAUGUAUUGUCUCAAGUACACUUGUAGCUAUGAAAAUCAUAAAAUGAAUUUAGAACAGAUUUUUUUUUACAAAAAUUGGUAGAAACAUGAUUUAAAAAAUGUGAUUUAAGUAUUUAACUGUAAUUUAGUUUUUGCAGUUGUUAACUGACUUUUGGCCACUUUAUGCAUUGAAUUUUUGGCUAUCCACCUUAGCCUAUAAAAAUUUCAUCCAUUUUUAUUUUUUGUUUGAGCAGAUAUAUGCUAUAGAGUUUGUUCUACUUUCAUAUGGAAAAUGUGAAGUGAUGAUACUAUUUUGUAAUUAUUUUAUAAUAUUUAUAUAGUGAUAUGUUUGAACUUCUGGCUUAAAAUAGUUAUUCUAAGAUAGCUUUCUUCAUAAAUUAAGAUUUUACAAUGUAUUUACUCAUAUAUUACUAAUAAUUAAAGUUUAAACUCUCAAAAAUUAUAUUGUUAAAUAUUCUUCUUGCCUCUAAAAUGUAAAUUUGGAGGUUUUUAUUUUGCUCUGAAUUUGUUUUUCCAAUAAUUUCUAAACAGAAUUUAAAAAAUAAAUGACUACUGUUUAAUAUUAAA